CCAUCCAACAACCCACCAUCGCCACCGCCACCGCCACCACCACGAACCACAUGAGCCAGAACAAGAUCAAGAAGCGGGACGCGAGCGACUUAUGACUGAUGCGCUCCAAGGGCAACGUCGGCGUCGGCGUCAACGUCGGUGUCGCCGUUGGCAGCGGCAGCCGGUACAAGGUGACCGCCCGCUGCGUCCCGGAAGUGAGCAUCACGUCGCCGACGACGACCGCAUCCGGCGCCAUCCAGCCGAAGCACUUUGCCCUGCUCCGCAGUCGCUCGCAACCGUCGCCGCCGACGUCUAACAGCCUUUUCUCCACGCCAGGCGGGGCCACUCUGGUCGAGGAGGAGGAUUUCAGCUUGGCCAGUGGCAGUGUGUCCGGCGCGAAGAACGUGCUUCAGCGCCAGUUGGCCACCACCGUCCAGCAGGAGCAGGAGCCGGAUCUGGAGCACUCCGCGCAGGAUCAGCAGCAGCACAGCAAGUUGCCCGAGCCGGCGGAGCCGCCCAAUGAGCUGACUCCGCUGGUGGAGGAACCCGGUUCCGUGGCGCCAACCACAUCGACCCAUCGCUACAGUCACAACUCGAAGACCACUCGCUCCUGGCCAGUCAUCUACCGCAAUCCUCACCACUGCGACUACGAGGCGCUCUACGUGCAACAGCAGCAGCAGCUGCAGCUGCAGCAACAGCAGCAGAGCUUCAAGCAGAACUGCUACUCCAACCAGUUCAAGCAGUCGAUCGUCUACUCCAGCAGCAAUGAGGAGCUGCCCGGCGGCGAGCCCGUAGCCUCCAGCUCCGCCGAGAACCGCCAGACCACGUGCUACUACUUCGCGCCCAGUCGGCACAACAGCAUUUAUGAGCACCCCUCCUCGGUGGUCGGAGGAUCCCUGCAGUUCGAUAAUCCCACGACCACAGCUGCGGCGGCGGCGGCCGUCGAGAGCCUGAGGCGCAGUAACAGCAUUCUGCUGCGCCAGAACAGCUGCGCCAAGGUCAUCCAGCGUCGCGGCAGCGGAAGCGGCUCACCCACCUCCCUGGGCUCCCAAAUGGAGGGACUCGGCAUGGGCAUGGGCGGCGGGGGAGCGGGCGGCGCCUGCUGCUCCAGCUGCUGCAUGGGUCCGCCGCCGGUGCUCUUCCUGUUCGUCACCCUGCUGAUGACCACCAGCGCCACGGCGAUGCUGUGCGCCGCCAUCAUGACCGACCACUGGGAGCACGUGACGUGGGACCGCAACAGCCUCGAUCGCUACUCGAACCGGUCGGGACUGCACCUGGAGUGGCUGCUCGACGACCAGGUGGCCAUGCUCAAGCCGGACAAGAGGGCCGAUCAUCGCUUCCGGCGCGACUCCGUGUUCCUGGUGCCCAUGCACGGCGGCAUCUGGACACUGUGCAUCGACCUGCCCAUUCAGCAGCUGCAGGAGCUGCGGCGCAAUCCCAAGUUUCCGCGCGGUGCUCCGCCGUGCGUCAACUAUCUCGCCGGCUCCAUGGAGAACGCCCGCGGCGAGGAGCAGCGCAACGACUGGCAGCACAGUGAGUCACAGGUCACUCUGCAGCCGCAUCUGAGAAUGCAAAAUCUCUCCAUAUCCUGCUCACUGGUCUGCCUAAUCAUCCUGGGCAGCGCUGCUCUCGUGGGAGCAUUUGGCGUUUGCCAGCGACAAAUUAGCGCCAUACUCAUUACUGGAGUGAUGUAUUUGCUGGCGGCUCUUUUCGCCCUGUUCACGCUGAUGAUCAUCCAUUUCAAGCGGCAGCAGGGGCGUCCCAUGCUGGACAGCGACUACGAUGGCACCGUGGACGGGAUUGUGGCGCGUCCGGGUGGAGUGGCCAUCAUGGCCAAGCCGCUGCUGGGCGCCCGCAUCUUCCUGACCUCGUGGAGCCUGGACUUGGGAUGGGGCGGCGUGGUGCUGUGCGCCAUCACCUCGGUGCUGUGGAUCCUGCUCUCCAAGAUCAUGCGCUACAACCCGUUCUCGGCGCUCAUGAUUUAGCUAAACGCCUUGCCGCUCGGCGUCUACGGAGCCAGCUACGGCAGUCUGGGCAGCUGCGAGAGCUACGGCAGCUAUGGCAGCACCCACACCCACAGCGGCACC